UCUCCGAAUUCCCCAAUUCCAGAGGAGGCGAACCAGCCCUUGAUCGGAUCCCGACUCCGAGUGCUGGGCGGAACAAUGGUAACGCAGUCGGAGCCAGCACCAACCCGUCGUCCUCCACCGCCCUCAACCAUGGAUUUAUUCUCCACCUCCUUCGUCCGCCGCCGAUUUUCUUGAACCCUUCGUCGGCUUGUCCGACGCUUCCGACGGCGUCAUGGAUAGUACGGAAGAUCGACCGUCCUUGGUUGCGCAGGGGAAGGACAAGCAGCCCGUUCCCUACAGUGACGCUCCGUCUCCAGUGCGCGCCGUGCUCAACCGUCCGUGGCCAUCCCCUGUCCUGAUCCCGCCGGAUAGCCCGUCCCGCAAGUACCGCACACCGGUGGCCACUGCCAAGGACAUCGGGGACCCGAUCUCGCCGGAGGAGAUAGCCGCGCUGGAGGACAAGGAGAGCGACGACGCAAAUGCACGGUUCUACAAGGCAAUGGCUCGGACCGAUGUCUUUAUGAGGAAUUACAUCCAUGAACACGGCAGCCUGUACAUGGAUGAGAACGACGGGUGCAUGUUCGACAACUCCGCCCAAGUUGAGGAAAUACGUUGCAAGAGUGUCACAGCAGAAGAAAUGGAAGCCAAGAUAAUCAAGCGAGAGGCAACUAGGCAAGAAACUUAUCUGUCAGAACUGGCCUUAGUGAGUUUCAACAAGAGGAAAAAGGUGAAGUUUGAGUUAUGUGAGACAUUGCUUUCGAAUUCCUUCUGGCAGAACAGAGAUUCCUUUGUGCACCUCAAUUUCAUCGCAAAGCGCAAGGAUAAGAAGACGCUCUUUUUCGCCGAGAUAGAGUACUGUGGAGAGGCCGGCGAAGAGAUCCCGCGAGUACGCUGCUGCGUUCCCCUGGAUUCAUCAUGUGAAGGUGGUUAUCAUUACUACUGUGUUGAUCCUCCUGGACAUGGCUAUAGGAAAAGUCUUGACUUCACGAGGUGCUAUGCCUGCACCGAGUUCUUGAAACAUCCGGCCAAUGGCUCGACGUACACAGGAGGCCAUGAUCAUCGGAAGAGGAUGUAUCUAUAGUUUAGAAUGUGUUUCAUUUAUAGUAAAGAAAAAAUGUGUUUCGUUUAUCAGCGGUGGCCUCCUCAUGGAGGGCACGAGAGAAUGAUCCUCACAGAAGAGGCACAAACAGCGUCCAGCUUUAAACUAAAGCCAACCAAUAGGCCACAAAAAUCAUACAAAGUUCAAAAUUACAAGCAAAAUAAAAAGAAAAACAAGUAGCUGAAAUAAAAUAAGGCUGCGGUACAGCAAAAGUCCUCUUCUUAGCUCGAG